GAUGUGCGCGGUGGCCGCAAAGGUGGGUGGGGCGGGCCCCGCGAGCGGCUCAUGAAUAUGAUUAAGGUGGAGGUGGGCCGUGCUCAGAGCUCAGCACACGCGGGCGGGCGGGAUGCAGACACUCCCUCUGGCUUGAACUCGUGCAGGCAGGCUGCUUCGCUGCUCUCGGCACCACUUCUCAGUCAGUUCAGACAGUGAGCGACUUACCGCCGCAUGGCCCCAACUUUCCCUCUUUAGCAAGUGGAAUCUUGGUAUCUCCCGCCUGACCCCCGACGAGGAAGCACAAACCCCCGGGGCACAGCUAGGAUCCGGCUCGCCUCGUGACGUCUUUGCGGCGCGUUGUGCAUGUUGAAAUCGGAGCGCCGUGGUGCCGAGUGUCGGCCAGACGACUAGUUCGAGCAGCGGCCACCUCAGUCCGCAGGCAUGACUUGGAGAAGGGCCGCCGUCCUUGCUGCCUUUCUGAUUCCGUUUCUUCUAAAGGUGUCAGAUGGAUCGGGACAAUUCGAGUUACAAAUCUUGACGGCGCACAACGCCAACGGAGAGCUGCUGAGCGGCGCGUGCUGCCACGGCGCUCGGAACUCCGCGGACAGCAAGUGCAGCACGAGGGCAGAGUGCCGGACCUUUUUUAAAGUUUGCCUCAAGGAAUACCAGUCGAGGGUUUCGGCGGGGGGGCCUUGCAGUUUCGGAAUGGGAUCUACGCCCGUCCUCGGAGGGAAUACAUUUUCUUUUAGGGGCUCGCUCAGGAAUGACAAGGCCAGGAUAGUUUUGCCCUUCAGCUUCGCCUGGCCGAGAUCCUACACUUUGAUAGUAGAAGCUUUGGACUUCAACAAUGAAACCAGCGAUGGGAAGGUGAUAGAGAAAUCUUCGCACUCUGGCAUGAUCCACCCCAGCCCACACUGGAGGAAGCUGACUCACAAUGGACCCGUAGCUCAGUUUGAGUACCAGAUCCGGGUCAGCUGUGAUGAGCACUAUUAUGGCUUCGGCUGCAACAAGUUCUGUCGACCCAGGGACGAGUUCUUUGGGCAUUACACAUGCGACUACAACGGGAACAAAACAUGUCUGGAAGGCUGGUCGGGACCAGAAUGCAACACUGCAAUAUGCCGACAAGGCUGCAGCACCGAACAUGGAUCGUGUCAGGAGCCAGAUGGAUGCACGUGUUUGUAUGGCUGGGAAGGCCAAUACUGCGACAAGUGCAGGCCCCACCCCGGCUGUGUACACGGCACCUGCGUGGAACCCUGGCAGUGCCUGUGUGACACCAACUGGGGAGGACAUCUCUGCGACAAAGAUCUGAACUACUGCGGUACUCACCAGCCGUGCAUGAAUGGAGGGACUUGCAUCAACACGGGACCGGACAAGUACCAGUGUUUGUGUGCUGAGGGCUACUCUGGAGCCAACUGUGAGAGAGCGGAACAUGCCUGUUUGUCCAAUCCCUGCUCAAAUGGGGGGAGCUGCUCAGAAACCAGUCACGGUUAUGAAUGUCAUUGUGUGCCAGGCUGGAGCGGCCCUUCCUGCACUCUCAACAUCGACGACUGCUCUCCGAAUCCGUGUAAUCACGGCGGGACCUGCCAAGAUCUCGUCAACGGGUACAAGUGUCUUUGUCCCUCACAUUGGACUGGGAAGACAUGUUUGAUAGAUGCCAAUGAAUGCGAAGCCAAGCCCUGUAUGAAUGCCAACUCCUGCCGGAACCUGAUUGGUGGCUACUUCUGCGAAUGCAUUCCCGGUUGGACGGGGCAGAACUGCGACGUCAAUGUAAACGACUGCAUGGACCAGUGCCAAAAUGGGGGGAUCUGCAAGGACUUGGUGAACGACUAUCGCUGCGCGUGUCCCUCUGGCUUCGCCGGUGAGCACUGCGAGAGGGACAUCGACGAGUGCGCGAGCUCGCCGUGUCUGAAUGGCGGGCGCUGUCAGGACGAAGUUAACGGCUUCCAGUGUCUUUGUCUGGCCAGAUUUUCGGGGAAUCUCUGCCAGCUGGAUAUCGAUUACUGCUCCCCCAGCCCAUGUCAGAAUGGAGCAGCCUGCUUCAACCUGGCCACAGACUACUACUGCGCUUGCCCGGAGGACUAUGAGGGCAAGAACUGCUCCCACCUCAAAGACCACUGUCGCACCACCACGUGUAAAGUCAUAGACAGUUGCACAGUUGCGGUGGCAUCCAACAGUACGCCGGGAGGAGAGCGCUACAUUUCGUCCAACGUGUGUGGACCUCACGGCCGGUGCCGGAGCCAAGCCGGUGGCCAGUUCAGCUGCGAGUGUAAAGAGGGCUUCAGAGGAACCUACUGCCAUGAGAAUAUCAAUGACUGCGAGAGCAGCCCAUGCCGCAAUGGUGGAACCUGCAUUGACAAAGUUAGCGUGUACCAGUGUAUCUGCGCUGAUGGCUGGGAGGGCGACCACUGUGAGAUCAACAUUGACGACUGCAACGCCAACCCCUGUCAUAAUGGUGGAACGUGUCAGGACCUGGUGACUGAUUUCUUUUGCGAGUGCAAGAAUGGCUGGAAGGGGAAAACUUGCCACUCCCGCGAAAGUCAGUGUGAUGAAGCCACUUGCAACAACGGCGGCACCUGCCACGACGAGGGCAAUACGUUCCAGUGCAAGUGCCCGCCGGGUUGGGAGGGGACUACGUGCAAUAUAGCUAAGAACUCCAGUUGUCUUCCAAACCCUUGUGAGAAUGGCGGUACCUGCGUGGUGACAGGGGAGUCUUUCUCUUGUGUCUGCAAGGAGGGCUGGGAGGGUCCCACGUGCACCCAAAACACCAACGACUGCAGUCCCCACCCAUGUUACAACAGCGGAACCUGCGUCGACGGAGACAACUGGUACCGCUGCGAGUGUGCGCCGGGCUUCGCGGGUCCAGACUGUCGGAUCAAUAUCAAUGAGUGCCAAUCCUCCCCAUGUUCCUUCGGCUCAACCUGUGUUGAUGAAAUUAAUGGCUACCGCUGCCUGUGCCCGCCAGACCGAAGUGGAACGCACUGUCAAGAAGUGUCAAGAAAAGCCUGCUCAGUUAAUGGACGUGUGAUCGCAGAUGGGCUUAAAUGGGAAGAAGACUGCAACACUUGCCACUGUUCCAACGGGAAAGUCGUAUGCACAAAGAUGUGGUGUGGUCCAGUGGCGUGCCAUCUCGGCGCCAAAGGUCGAGGCGGGUGUCCUUCUGGCCAGAGUUGCAUCCCCAUCAGGGAGGGCCACUGUUUCGUCAAGCCCUGCCAAGGACUCGGAGAGUGCUGGCUCUCAAACCCGCUGCCAAGCCCCAAAUGUCACCCCAGCUCCAGUUACCAGGACAAUAGCUGCGCUAACAUCACCUUCACCUUCAACAAGGACAUCUUGUCUAGGAGCUUGACUGUGGAGAAUGUGUGCAACCAGCUGAGGCGCUUGUACGUCGUCAAGAAUUUCUCCUUGGAGCAUUCAGUGUCCAUAACCUGUGACCCGUCAUUCUCGGCAAGCAACGAGAUCCAUGUCUGCAUAUCAACAGAAGACCAUCGUUUGGACCGGAGCCCCGUAAAAGAGAUGACAGAGCGAAUCAUUGAUCUGGUUAGCAAACGCAAUGGGAAUAACACCAUCAUUGCCUCCAUCGUGGAGGUGCGCGUGCCAAGCCCCAACAAAACUGACUACCUGGUGCCCCUCCUCAGCUCCAUCUUCAUCCUCCUCUGGGUCCUUCUGCUUAUUUCCAUCUUGCUGUGGUGCAUGCGUCGGCGGCGGAAACAGAGCAACUCCGGCGGCGGUGGAGGCGGAGGAGGCACGGCGGCGGCCUGCUCGGAGGACAACACCACUAACAACGUGCGCGAGCAGCUGAACCAGAUCAAGAACCCCAUCGAGAAGCAUGUGAGCCUCUCAGUGGCUAUCAAAGACUAUGAAAACAAGAACUCCAUCAUCGCCAAUAUAAGGACAAAUCACCCCGAGGGGGACGAGGACGACAAGGAGAGGCACCUCCAGAAGGGCCGCUUUGCCAAGCAGCCAGCGUACACGCUAGUGGAGCGGGAUGAGAAGAUCUCCAGCCCCAACUCCACAUCCAAACACCCUAAUUGGACUAAUAAACAGGACAACAGAGACUUGGAGACAGCAAACAGCAUAAAUAGAAUGGACUACAUAGUAUAGCAGACAGCUGUGUUGCUGUGCAACCAAGCCUUAAACGUCUUCACACCCCGGUGGUGGGUGAACCAGGGGAGCGUUUGCAUGCCUACUUGGUAAACUGUCACGUCGUGUCACUCGUGACCCUGCAGUAUUUUUCCUAUUUUCCCCGCGUUAAUUUAAGUUUUGACAAGCUGGCUUACACUGGCAGUGACGGUUGCUUUGGUUGGCUGGAAACACAAAGCACUGGUAUACAUUUCACUGUAGAAUGUUGCGUUUACUCCACUACAUUUCAGUCCCACAUCCAGCCUGCCCCGCCUCUUUUGUCUUUUUUUUUUUUUAAAUUUAGUGGACACAUGGAAUGGACUCCUGUUCUAAUUGUUGUACAAUGACUAAAACAACCUUGUUGUGUCCAGCACUCGGGCUAAUCAUUUUACUGUGUUCUUUGAAUUCUUUCUAGUACCGUUUUGGAGAAAAGUGCCUUUUUCAGCUUUAGACUUUGCCACUGUCAAAUGAGGAAAAAAGAAAAAAGAACUUUAUUUAUUUUUAUUUUGGGGUCAGGGGUGGGUUUAAUGUCAGCAAUUGCUGCCAAUAUGAAGAAUUUAUGUUGAUUGAGAACAUGUAGAUAUGUACAUUUUUUUUUAUUAAUCAUUGUGUAUAUUUGAUUUAUUAAUUUAAUAAUCAAGAGCCUUAAGUAAGAUAUCGUUCCUUUUUAUUUAUAUGUUCUGUCUAGUUUGAAGGUUUUGAUAGCUGUGGAAGCUCACCAUUUCUUUCAAUUACCGCUUCCUUCAAUGUGUUCUAAAAUGCCAAAUGUCAGAAUUUCAAAGACAAACAAAUGGGCGCUUUUGGCCUGAGACUUUUUUUUUUUUUUUAAUAAAACACAUUUGACAUUUCAUUAUUUUUUUUUUUUGCCAGUACAUUGACUGAAGGCAAGUAUGAAUCAAUAAUGGCUGCUUCCUAUGACAUACAGCGCUUGCUUUCACACAGUAAAUAAUUAAGGGAACAAUAAUGUCAUCAAGCAGCCUCCAAAUUUUCACUCUCAUUUCGAAGGCUUUCGAGAUCCACCGAUGCAGGUCACGUGGCUACAACUAAUGAGAAAAUCCCAUCUGCAUUUGUCUGCGUGACGUCGUAAGAGUACUGUACGACUUGAAGAGUACACUGUAGAACCACAUUAAAUACUGCCACCCUUGA